CUCGAGUGUAUAUAGCUUAGGCAAUAUAUACAUGUCAUAUACAUGUCAACUAGAGAGAUAUAGAAUGAGCAUACGUGUUGAGGUCCACAUAGUGAGUAUCACCUUUUCUUAACUUGUAGUGGAAGGCGACUCUGCGGCCUCACACCGAUAUAUCUCACCCAAUAGUCAACAUGGUGGCACCCACCGAAACUAUGCAACCUAUGUUCUUGCGGACGCAUCUCAUCCAUGACGAAUGUCUGAAAUCACCUGAAACUUGCGUCGUACCCUGUUCGAAGUGUCGAGAUUUCCGCAGAGAUCUGGAGACCAAAAUCGCAUCACUAUCGGGCAGUCUACUCAAGUCGGAUUUCGAUUCACGAGCAUCUUUCGUAUUGGCCAAUGAGAUCGUACAGAGUGACAAACUCAUCCUCGCUCUCGCCGCAGGAUUAUGGAUAGUACACCCUACCUAUAUCACGGAUUCGUUUGCCGCCGGUAAAUGGUUAAUGCCAGAUAAGUAUGAGUGGGGCAUGGAAAUAGCCAGCAAGAUAAUUCCCGACACCAGAGAUAUCACAAAGGAACUGCUGCAAGCUUGUCGUGAACAACGUCUAUCCAAAGAAGCCAAGGUAGUGGCAGCAAAGGCCAGGGGUGAAGUUACCAGCGGACUGCUAUUCGAAGGCUGGAAUGUCUUCUUUAUGAUAUCUGAACCAGAACGGCUUCAGCGCUACACCUCAGUUCUGAGAGCGGGUGGGGCACAGUUUGUUGUCGAAGGAGACGCCAGCGCCGCAAUCACACAUGUGGUGGUCGACAUGCUUGGUCAGACACUACCGGCUCAUAUCCCGAAGACCGCCAGUGUGAUCGCGGGGAUAUCUAUCAUGCGUAGUGUCGUAGCCGGAGAAGAGAUCGCCGCCAAGACAAUUCGUUCGAGCGAGGAGUUCGAGGUGAAAACCAGAAUGAUGGAAGAAAUUGUGAACGAUCAUAUCGAGAAUCUUCUCGAUCCCGAUAGUUGCGAAUCUCUUGUGAGAUCAGUAAGAAUUUUCUGCCAAACUGGAAGACUGCCGAAGGCUCGUACUGUUGAGUUCAUAGUGAAGAACGUACUUCCGACGCAAAGUGAGCUUGUGGUACAGUGUGUGUCCGUGCUGGAGAAUCUCAAGUCCCUGCAUCCACCGCAACGAGUUCCCAAUGCAUGGGUGCCGGGACGCGAGUUCGCCGAAGAAUGUCUCUCGGACCAGUCGAAUGAGAUGGAUCUCCUAUCCGGAAAAAGGUCCUACACAAGCAUGGCAGCCACUCGGAGGUCAUCGAACUCUCUCGGAAUCGACGGCGAGGAGAAAGGGCCGUCGGAUUGGAUAUUCAUAAAGAUGGCUGCCGAAUACUCUUUAGCACAGGAUCACGCUUUGGGAUGGACGGAGAAGAUUUUCGGCGAAAAUCGAAGUGGCAAGAACAAAUGGGUGCAGACCCUCACUGGCGAUGGGUGUUUGGCAUCGAUUGAAUAUAUGGUAUCUGUGUUGGAAGCGUGCGCAGCGGUUACCGAUACUGAUGAGUCGAUUGUGACUUCGGGACCGAAAGGAAAUGUCGGGCUUGCAGCCAGUAUGUUACGAGAAGCCAACGAGACCGCAGAGGCAGCUCUCAGGGAUGUACUGGAGUGGAUCCGUUUGUGUCUCUCUAUGGACCCAAAACCUGACGAUGAUUGCGAUAAUAAACCCGAUCCAGACGAAGGAGGCAAGUCUACAUCAUAUAAGCCUCCAGUGGAUAGCCGGGGCUUCCCGAUCACAACACGCCUGGAUUCGCGACAACAACAAGUACUACUGAUACGGCUACAGUCCAUCGCGUCUCUCAUAGUUAACUCAUCUUCGGCUGGGGCUGCCCCGUCCCAGGUUACGCUGCUGAAGAAGUGCUACACCUCACUCGACACUACGCAACGCAAAGCGAAACUCCUGGACACCGUGGCGUGCGAUUCAGUGAGGAUAGCUGCGUGGAAGAAGGAUGUGAUCGCCAUGCUGCUCAAUACGGACUAUGACAAACAGUCUGUACCGCAGGACAUUGUGUGUCUAUGCGGCACCAAUGCCAAAUCAAGUUUAUUUCAGAUUGUGGGAUGCUAUUUCUUCCUGCGGCCGAAGAGGACUUCCAGUGGAAGUUUCGAUACAAGAGUAUUUACCGAUGGGAAGGUAGAUAGCAUGGACAAUAAUAGCAAAGUGGCGGUAGCGUGGAUGAACAGGAAUAUGCGGCGGUUACAAGUCCUAGAAACUCAAGAGAACGCAGACUGGACGGAGUCCUCAGAAGAACUACUUACUUUGUUGCUCCACUACAGCAGUGCAUACAUGUAUAUCAAAGGGCGUGCCAUUGCAGGUCACACACCUGCCAAGGCCCUGGACGACGCACCAUUGCAGGCCACCAUGAAACUGGAUGAGUGUGUGGCGUCGUUGCGAUCCAGAAUGCCCCGUAGUACAAGAAUCGAUGCGCUGUGUAGAGCAUUGUCCUUUACUCUACAGUUUGGUUGAUUCCAACAAAUACUAUACUCUUGCAAUUUGGCUAAUCACAGAAACAUGGGAAAGCUCGUCCUUGUACGAUCUCCUUUGCAUUAAAUCCCCAACGUGCCGGGAGUGUGGGCCUGUGCUGCGUCUCAUCGUGCGGGAGAAAAUGAUAGAACUUUCAUAUCCGCGCUAUGCCAUCACCGGAGACUAGGGGAGACGCAAACUCGUCAUUUACUAACAAACUCAUGUUCAGCAUCGUGCUCAAUGCGCGUAGACUGUAGGAUAAAUAUAUCAAUUACAUAGCGGAACUCUCAGUUUUAGCUCAUGGUUUGUAUGGUUAUUGUACGCCAGACAGUGACCAGCGAGGAAUUUGUGGAUGACAAAAAAAAAGUCUACUUCAAUGGCUCCGAUAGAAUCAAAAUGGAACUACACCUUCUGCUUUGACAGGUUGAUAUAACGAAGAUUAUUGUGCAGCAUUGCAUCCGGCAAUUGUAGAUACGAGUCUUUAGCACUUUACAUAACGAAACUUUGUCCCAGGCUGGUCGUCUCGAGAACUCUCAAGCUUUCUCCGCUUUAUAUUUACAAUUGCUUUGUAUGUACAACCUAUACUAUUCCAGUCUAUUAUUGCAUUAAGUCGCUCGAAAAUGUGAGUUCUAAUGGUCCCUGUGCGUCCAUAAUCAAUUACAAUAAAUUAUUUGACGAGG